CGCCCAGCCCGGCGCUCGCUCGGUCUCCGGGGACUUGGUGGAGAAGUUUUGGAGCAGCCGGAACCCGCUCGUGCGUGAGAUUGGGCGUCGGUGCCCGAAGGAGGGAGAGCGAGGACGCGGACAGACGGCACACCGCCCUCCUCCCGGCGGCCAGAGGAGUUACUGUUGGCGUAAGAGUUUCCAGAACAGUUUGAGCCAUGGCUUCAGCAGUCCUCAGCUCUGUUCUCACUACUGCCUCUCGGUUUGCCCUGUUACAAGUUGAUAGUGGCAGUGGUUCUGAUUCUGAGCCUGGAAAAGGCAAAGGCCGGAAUAAUGGGAAGCCUCAAGCCUUGGGAAACAAACCAACUCCAAAUGAAAAAAAGAGAGAGAAAAGAAGAAAAAAGAAGGAGCAGCAGCAGAGUGAAGCAAAUGAGCUCAGAAAUCUUGCUUUUAAGAAAAUUCCCCAGAAAUCCUCCCAUGCCAUUUGCAAUGUUCAACAUGAGCUUUCAUUGCCAAACUCAGCACAGAAGGAGUCUCGGGAAGAAAACUGGCAAGAGUGGAGACAGAGAGACGAGCAGCUGACAUCUGAAAUGUUUGCAGCUGACCUGGAGAAGGCCUUGUUGCUGAGUAAACUGGAAUACGAAGAGCACAAGCAGGAUUAUGAAAAUGUUGAAAAUGCUUCAACUCAGUCCAAAGGUGUAAAUAAAAAAGAUAAGAGGAAGACCCAGCAGGGGAAGGACAGACCUCUCACAGUGUCCUUGAAGGAUUUUCAGUGUGAAGAUCAUAAUAGUAAAAAGACAGAGGAAUCGAAUUCUUCUCAGACUUUGUCACAUGAUGGGGGAUUCUUCAAUAGACUGGAAGAUGAUGUUCAUAAGAUUCUUAUUAGAGAAAAGAGAAGAGAACAGCUUACAGAACAUAAUGGAACAGAGAAUUGUCCAGCUCCUGAGCACAACCAGGAAGUGGGUCUGAAAGAUGGAAGAAUUGAGAGACUGAAAUUAGAACUCGAGAGGAAAGACGUUGAAAUUCAGAAACUCAAAGCCGUGAUCACCCAGUGGGAGGCAAAGUAUAAAGAAGUAAAAGCAAGAAAUGGACAAUUAUUAAAAAUGCUUCAGGAAGGAGAAAUGAAAGAUAAGGCAGAAAUACUCCUGCAAGUUGAUGAAUCCCAAAGUAUCAAGAAUGAGCUGACGGUCCAGGUGACCUCGCUUCAUGCCGCAUUGGAACAAGAAAGGUCUAAAGUGAAAGUAUUACAGGCAGAAUUAGCCAAAUACCAGUUCAAAGAAGAAAUCUCUAAACGUUUCAAAUCUCAUACUGACCAACUUGUGUUGAUAUUUGCUGGAAAAAUUUUAAAAGAUCAAGAUACCUUGAGCCAGCAUGGAAUUCACGAUGGACUUACUGUUCACCUUGUCAUCAAAACACAGAACAGGCCACAAGAUCCUUCAGCUCAGCAAACAAACACCACUGGAAGCAAUGCUACCAACUCAUCAUCUCCUAACAAUAAUCCCACAUCUGGUCCUGCUGCUAACAACCCUUUUGGCUUAGGUGGACUUGGAGGACUUGCAGGUCUGAGUAGCUUGGGUUUAAAUACCACCAACUUCUCUGAACUACAGAGCCAAAUGCAACGCCAGCUUUUGUCCAACCCUGAAAUGAUGGUCCAGAUCAUGGAAAAUCCCUUCGUCCAGAGCAUGCUCUCAAACCCUGACCUGAUGCGGCAGUUGAUUAUGGCCAAUCCACAGAUGCAGCAGUUGAUACAGAGAAAUCCAGAGAUUAGUCAUAUGCUUAAUAAUCCGGAUAUAAUGAGACAAACGUUGGAACUUGCCAGAAAUCCAGCAAUGAUGCAGGAAAUGAUGAGAAACCAGGACCGAGCCUUGAGCAACCUAGAAAGUAUUCCUGGGGGCUACAAUGCUUUACGACGCAUGUAUACAGAUAUUCAGGAGCCUAUGCUGAAUGCUGCGCAAGAGCAGUUUGGUGGUAAUCCAUUUGCUUCCUUAGUGAGCAAUAAUUCCUCAGGUGAAGGGAGUCAGCCUUCUCGAACCGAAAAUAGGGAUCCUCUGCCUAACCCAUGGGCUCCGCAGACUUCCCAGAGUUCACCAGCCUCUGGUAGCACCACUAGUGCUGUGAGCGGCUCUGCUGGGGGUGCUACCAGUACCCCUACUGGGCAGAGCACCUCGGGGCCAGGCUUGGUGCCUGGAGCAGGAGCUAGUAUGUUCAACACACCAGGAAUGCAAAGCUUGUUGCAGCAAAUCACUGAGAACCCACAGCUUAUGCAGAACAUGCUGUCUGCCCCGUACAUGAGAAGCAUGAUGCAGUCACUAAGCCAGAACCCUGACCUUGCCGCACAGAUGAUGCUGAAUAAUCCCCUAUUUGCUGGAAAUCCUCAGCUUCAAGAACAAAUGAGACAACAGCUCCCAACUUUCCUCCAACAAAUGCAGAACCCUGACACACUGUCAGCAAUGUCAAACCCUAGAGCCAUGCAGGCGUUGUUGCAGAUCCAGCAGGGCUUGCAGACAUUGGCAACAGAAGCCCCCGGCCUCAUCCCAGGGUUUGCUCCUAGCUUGGGGUCAGCAGGCAAUUCUGGAGGCUCAUCAGGAAACAACGCACCUAGCUCUGCACCUAAUGAAAACACGAGCCCCACAGGGGGCGCUACUGAGCCAGGCCACCAGCAGUUUAUCCAGCAAAUGCUGCAAGCUCUUGCUGGGGUGAAUCCUCAGCUGCAGAGUCCAGAAGUCAGAUUCCAGCAACAACUGGAACAGCUCAGUGCCAUGGGAUUUUUGAACCGUGAAGCAAACUUGCAAGCACUAAUAGCAACAGGGGGCGAUAUCAAUGCAGCCAUUGAAAGGUUACUGGGCUCCCAGCCGUCAUAGCAGCAUUUCUGUAUCCUGAAAAAAAAUGUAAUUUAUUUUUGAUAACGGCUCUUAAAUCUUUAAAAUAACCUGCUUUAUUUCAUUGGAAUUCUGUGCUGUUAUAAAGGAAACCAAUAGGACGCAUCUGAGGUGGAGUGCAGUAGGAUAUGCGGGUGUCUGUAUCUUUGGAACAGUGGGAAUCAAUGUUUUCAGUUAAGGCUGCUGCAUGCAUCAAACACUUGGCAUUCAUUGUAAUUUUUUUAAAAUAUCACCUUUUCUAAUUGGGUGAACAAAUUUUUGUCCUGCAUCUGUCCAACUAACUUGCUUUUUAAACAUAACCCCAUGGUAGUAAUUUAUGUAGAAUAAAGGCAUUACAAAGCAGAUCAUUGCGCUCCAUGAUUUGUGGUACAAUAUUGCUAACUGUGACUUUGGCAUGUACUUUUGCUAACAACGCUGUAAGGUUUAUACUGCUGACAGUUUGCUUAUGUGUGUGCAGCACAAACUAGUGCACAUUUUUAGGUCAUCUAAGCAAAAUCCCUGUAACCAGAAGCGUAAGACAAGGGUUCUCAAUUGUGUAGAAUCUUACAGCACCUUUGAUAAACAUCUUUCAGCAGAAGUGCCAUUUAGUCAGGUGUGUGGACAAUAAAGAAAACUGAUUCUGGUUAUCGCUUUAGGGACAUUUAAUUGUACAGACAAUAUAAUGUAACAAUAUUUCAACAUUUACAUAAUGGCUGUAAAUUACCUUUAUUUUGUGCAGACUGAAGGAGCACUGUAACAUACUCCAGUGCAUUUGCCGGGGCUUCUGCUCCCCGUGGGUGUCCGAGCAGCAUUGCAUUUGAUUGAAAUGCUGCUUUCACUGAAAGUGCUGAUGUUUCCGUUUUAGUUGCCAUAUAGAAGUAGAGCUAUUUUUUGGGUUUAUCAGCUUUCUCAUUCAUAGGCAGUACCUGGAUUUAAAAUGAUUAGUGAGCCACUUGUUUCUGAAGUGUUUGCCUAGUUCUAUUAUGAAAUAGUUGAAUGUCGUGCUGUUCAGGGCCUCGGAGAAGGGGGUGGGGGAGGGGUGAGACAGAAUCUAUUCUGGAUUGGGCCAGUCUGAAUUAAGUAAUACUGGCAGCCAAGAUUCUGUGAAGAUUCUAUGCAUAUAGUAGUGUCAGUCUGGUGGAAAACAAAGAGCCGUUUUAACAGUUUUGAGUAAGUUUGGCUGUCCUAUAGCCUCUUUCUUCCUCCCCAAAGAAGUUCUGUUUGCCUAACUCUCACACUGUUGAGGUGAUACAUUCCUUCGGGACCAAUUAAAAUACAGCUUUAGGGUCAGUGAUAUAUGCAGCUGGCUCUGGUUCAGUAUUCUCUUAGGUCAUUGUAUUCUCUUGUACAGUUAUCCAAAAUUAUAAUGUUCAAAUAAUCUCAGAUGAGUUCAGAUGAAUAAAAUCAAGGGAAAGAGAAGAUGAAUUUCAUAACUUGUAUAAGUUGCUUGCUAUUAAAAGGUUGAGAGACCAGGUUGCCCCAGACUGCGCACUGUUUGACACUUUCCCCAAGCAGAAAGCGUGUACAGAGGGCAGGGUGGAGGUGGGACUGGAAGAGGCUGGCAAGGACAGUGUUCAUGUCUCUGCUCUCUGCCUUAUGCCUCGGUCUAUCUGGUUUAAAGACUUCUGUACUGGUGAAUGGCACCACACGAGGGGCAGUGUCAUACCAGCUUGAUUUAUUAAUCACAAAAUAACAAUAAAUUUCCAGCUUUUA